AUGAAAGAGAUAUCUAGCAUUAAGUCGUUGGCAACUGCUGCACGCCCUAACCCUCUGGGCAUCCGACCCCCAUCUAGAGCAACCCAAGGUGGCCCAAUCCAUUUCCCCCCUGACCUCCUUGAAGUAGACAACGAUGAUUCUAUGGCCCCCCCUCCCCCUGUUGGAGACACUGACACCACGCCGUCCCCGCCAGACACCCCAACACCCACGCCAAAAAUGACGGCCUGCAGCUACCCACCCACACCACAGAAUCGUCUACCUACGUCCCUCCCCCACUGGACAAAGAAGAAAUGGAAGAACUCCCCGAUAUCAUCCUUCCUUCCCUCCCUCCCCCCCCCUCAUGGAGGACAGAGAACAAUGUUAUCACACCCUACCCCUCCCCCACUCCCGUUCUCCCCCUCUGCGCCAGAGACCUCUGAGGAAGAAGAUCUCCAUCCAUUAUUCGUGUCCACGCCCCCUCCGCACCAAACACCAUGCCCUACUUUACCCCCCACCCCCGAAGGCGGGUUCCCUAUAAUCCACCUCUCACAUGCCGCCUCUCCAUUCGACCACAUCGAUCAUGAAAUCAUUAAUGCAUGGAUCCAGGUCGGAGACCCCAAGUUUCUCGUCCGUGUCUUCGACUAUGACGGAAAAGACCAUGAGAACAUGAACACGGUCAUCACCCAGUGCAUCCGCAACUCAAUUGCAGAGAUCGUGAAGACCCACAACCUGGGCCCUAUCAACGUGCGAGUUGCCCCCCCUCCCCCGCCAACGGUGAUGAACAUGAUCAUCCACCAAUGCAUCUGGUCCAGCCAAGAGAUCACGAUUGAAGCCCACCCCUUCAUAUCCCGUGAACUACCCACUACAUUCUUUUGCCUUAAUGGAUUCACCACAACUAAUGAGAAUUGUGUAAGGAAAGCUGUCUACGAUACCUGGACCUCCCCACAAGUCCUGGGGAACAUAGUUGUAAUCCUCGAAAAGAGUGAAAUCCCCCUUGACAGAUGCUAUGACGCAGCCAUGUACCUCUGCGACUCCAUCUCAGUCGAAUUCAUCGACUACAAAGGGCCGAAGGCCAUCUCACUCCCACACUUUAACAUCUAUGCAAAAUGUCCAUCCAACAGACCCAAAAUCUGGACGAACCUUGGAGCUACCUUGAUGACCAUCCACUACCCCACCCCCCUCGAUGGCAAAGGCAUUGCCAUCCCCUUCACUACAUGCAGCCUCUGCCAUGCCAUUGGCCACCCAACUGGCUUAUGCAAGUUCCCAGACCUUCCCCUUUGGAAUGGUCCCAAACACAAGAACAAAUCAGCCAAGUACACCCCAAAAGUGCGGGGGAAAGGGAAAGAUGCAUGCAGAGUCUAA